CAAAUACUAACGUCACCCCGUCUGAAAUUCUUUUCCGCGCUGAACUCAGCCGUUGAAAUGAGCUUCAUAUUGUGCUCUUCAAAAAAGGAUUAUGAAGUACAACACACGUGAUCCUGGAUUACUAAUGUAUCUGCCUAAUGGUUUACAAUCAGCUUAACUUCUUGCUGACCCCGAGGAACCAGGGGAUCGCUCAAUCCUGGUUUGCCUCCAGCUGGAGUCCCAUAGUCUGAAUAUCCAGCCAUAAUGAUCAAGGAACCAUUGAUGGCAUGGUGAGGUGGGACUGACUGAUCCUGGUUGAUGUCAACAUUGUGACACCAGUAAAAGUUCCAAGGGUGUGUUGGAGGACGAGAUGAAUAUGCAAUAAAUUCCCUCAACAUGUGUGAAUCAACUGAGCGGUGUUUGGUCAGGAGGGUGUGCAGGAACUGUCAUUACCACUGACCUACAGUUGUCCUGAAGAAAGCAGUGCAUCACUGGCUUGAAUUUAUAAUUUCUCCAUUUGUUUGGAGACAUGUAUAAAAAUAAACUUCAUUAAAUUGUACAUGUGUUCUACUUUAGCUUGGCAAAUAAAACCAGUAUGUGUCUUAACUUCAUUGUCCAGAACCAAUAAAGGAAUUUGUACAUAAUCGAUCUGUGCCAUUUUUCAUAUUUGCUACAUUAACUAUUAGCUGAGAAAAUGACUUGAAGGUGGUUCCUAUAUAUCAGUGGUGGGUGCAGUUUGAUGCUUCAGGCCAGCGAUAAUACCAAAUUGAGUUUGGCAAAUUUGUGUAGUUUAUUGAAUACAGUAUGGUACAUUAGCUGUACCACAGCAUCAAGGGCUCAGCUUCCCUGUCAACCAAUGAAAAUCGGACAUUUGUUCAGAGAAGACUGAUUGGCCAGACGGACAGGGAGUGGGGAAACUGCGUUUAGCAGGCUCGUCAACUAUCAUUUUAAAUUUAGCAAGACACGUCAUGCGAGGGUCGGUGCUAUUCGGUGCACUGAUUGCACUAGCCAGUGCUGAACCAUCGCUGUAUUUUAAAGAGCAGUUUGAAGAUGGGGAUGCUUGGACUACCCGGUGGGUUGAAUCCAGCCAUAGGUCUGACUACGGGGAAUUUGUCUUGACACCUGGGAAAUUCUAUGGAGAUCCAGAGAAAGACAAAGGUCUCCAGACCAGCCAGGAUGCCCGCUUCUACUCUUCUUCUGCUCGAUUUGAGCCCUUCAGCAACCAGGGCAAGACCCUGGUGAUCCAGUUCACUGUGAAGCAUGAGCAGAACAUCGACUGUGGGGGAGGCUACAUCAAACUAUUCCCCGCUGACCUUGACCAGGCAGACAUGCAUGGAGACUCCAAAUACAACAUCAUGUUCGGUCCAGACAUCUGUGGCCCAGGCACCAAGAAAGUUCAUGUCAUUAUCAACUACAAGGGCAGGAAUCACCUCAUCAGCAAGGACGUCAGGUGCAAGGAUGAUGAGUACACUCAUCUGUACACUCUGAUCCUGAACCCUGACAACAUGUACGAGGUGAAGAUUGACAACAAGAAAGUGGAGUCUGGAAGUCUGGAGGAGGACUGGGAUAUUCUGCCUCCUAAGAAGGUCAAGGACCCAGAGGCUGUGAAGCCAGAUGACUGGGACGAGAGGGAGAGGGUGGAGGACCCCGACGAUAAGAAACCAGAGGACUGGGAUAGGCCAGAGAACAUUGCUGACCCUGACGCUAAGAAGCCUGAGGAUUGGGACAAUGAGAUGGACGGUGAAUGGGAGCCACCCAUGGUCUCCAACCCUGACUAUAAGGGCGAAUGGAAACCCCACAAGAUCGAUAACCCUGACUACAAGGGCAAAUGGGUGCAUCCUGAGAUUGACAAUCCAGAAUACAGCGCAGACUCUGAAAUAUACAGAUUCGACAGCAUCGGCGUCAUUGGCCUGGACCUGUGGCAGGUGAAAUCUGGGACCAUCUUCGAUAACUUCCUGAUCACAGACGACGCUACGCUGGCAGAAGAGGUUGGCAAUGAGACCUGGGGUCAGACUAAGGAUCCAGAGAAAAAGAUGAAGGUGUCCCAGGAGGAACAGGAGAGGAAGAAACUAGAGGUGGAAGAGAUGGGGAGGAAAGAGCAGACAAAAGACGAGCCUGAAGAAGAGGAGGAAGAAGAGAAGGAGGAAGAGUUAGAGGACCGUGAAGAGGAAGAAGAAGAGACUGGAGCAGAGGAAGAAGAGGAGGAAACAGACUCUAUAAAGGAUGAACUUUAGAGGACACUGACUUUCUCAUUGGGGUGAAUCUUCCUUUGAGCCUGGGGAGGGAUUAUGCGUCAUUUCGCUUUACCAUCCAGUCAGUCAGGCCUCAAAGUAAUGUUGAGAGAAGGGGCGGUGAAGAAGUAAUUUAGGUUUUACUGCAAAAUCUGUGACAUUUAAAAAAAAAAUUUUUUAUUUAACUUAUUAGAUUUUGACUCACUGGUUAAACCAGUGAGUCAAAACGAACCUAUUUCUUGUAAGUAUGCUUUUAAUUGUCUGUUGCUCCACCAAAUAUCACAGAUGAAGUCUAAUUGAAUGAAGCUUGUGUGUUUUGUUUUCUUAAUUCACAUUGAGUGAAUAUGUACGCCAUGUGAAUCCUACUCAACCUUGACAUGCAUAGCGAUAGUUUCUCAUUCAUUCAAUGUCCAUUUGCUAACUAAAUGCAGUCACAUACUGACAUACUAUUAGGUAGAAGUAGCAUCUAUAACCUCACCAAGGCCAAAUUCAUUCACCAACCUCUAAUUCCAUUGACAUUCAGCCAUGAACUACUGUAGCCAAGUCAAAUGUUUACUCCAUUGUGAGUUUUCACUGUUGUAUUUUGUCUCGCACAGUAACCUCAUACUUCCUAAUGUAGCCUAUUGCAUUUGUUCCCCCUUAUUGUUUUUGUAGAUAUUUGUAACCUUAUUUGGGAAAUUAUGACGAUUACAGAUAUUGUUGUGCAAAAAUACUGUACAGUAGUAAAAAAAAGACGGUUGUUUGGAUUUUA